UACAUGAUAGGAGGAGUGUCUGAGUAGAGCUGUGGAUCACCAAGACAAGCUUUCUGCGAGUGCAUAUACUCGAUCAUGUGUAGCUUUUCCACACAUCCGGGUUACCUUACCACAUCUCUGGAAACUUUGAAGGCAAACAUUCACCUGGCCAAAUCCAGCCUCUUACGUAGGAACUGAGACCCCAUUGGGUGUCACUUCACUCUUUUGUCCACCCUUCACUGUCCCAUGCCCCACAAUACUUCUUUCUUUUCAGAGGUGCGUUGACGCAAUGCAGGCCAGUGGCCACAAGGCUGAAAUGAUGUCAUAGGAUACCCCUCGUAGCUUCUCAAAGCUUCUCGUGAUCCCACGAAGCUUGUUUGCUGGGUAUUCACGACUGGAUCUGGAUCUGGAUAUUUAAUCGGAGCUCUACUUCUCAAGAUCCUCUUUCUUUUCUUUCCUCUGCAUCUUCAACGAACAUCCUAUGAACUACACAACCUCGUAUCGAGUACAUCAAUAAACACAACUCUACUUACAAACACAACACAACAAACCAACAAGACAACAUCGCAAGUAUGUCUGACAAGAACACUUCCACCGCUCAAUCCUACAUUGACUCUGCCACGGGUGCAAUCCAAUCCGCAGUCGGCAGCGUCUUUGGAAAUCCUUCGGAUGUGGUAUGUAACCACAACUUCUACCAUUAUAUCAAACACCAUCUAACGUGAAUCUACAGAACGCCGGCGAAGCCAAGAAAGACAAGGCAGAGUUCGAGAAGGACGCCUCGCACGCAACCGCCAAACUCGGUCCCAUCACAGCCUCCUCUUCUGGCGCCGUUACCAAGGACGAUCCCAACCGUCAAGAGGGAGCCUGGAACCAAACCAUCGGAUCUGCAAAGGAGACGAUGGGAAACUUGGUUGGAUCUGAGGUAUAUCCUUACCUCCCUCAACCUAUAUAAUUUACAAGUUUAAGUGCUGAUUUGAUAUGGGAUAGAACCUCAAGCGCGAAGGAGCCCAACAAAACGCCGAAGGCAAGGGUCAAGAAGCCGAGGGCCAACUCAAGGACUACGGCUCCGGCAUCGCUAACCGUGUUUCUGGCGCUGUUGGCGGUGCGGUUGCGAGUUUGACGGGUGAUCGAGAGGCCCAGCUUGAGGCGCAGGAGAAGCAUGAUGUUGGGAAGACGCAGCAGCGAGGUGCGGAGCAUGAUAUUCAGAAGCAGAAUGCAUAGGUUGAGUAUCGACUUGUGUUUCUGUGGAUGAGGGGUUGUAUGAUGGGAUGAAUGGGAAUGGGAAUGGACAUAUGGCGGCAUGGAAAAUGGGAUAUGGGAUAUGGGCACUCGGAUGGAUGGGGUUUAGCAUGGCUUUUGUGAUGCGGGAGUUUCUUUGUUUUUGUUGCGAGAUUUGCUUGUGGGAUUGCUGGUAAUAGGAAUAUACCCCUCUUUGACAUG